ACGCAAACGUGUAUUUGCCGUCUCCUCUCGCAUGAUGCUCACGUUUCCUGCGGAUUACUAGUGAAGUGAAAAAGUGUGUCCGUUCGCUUGAUAGUCUUUUUUGUGUUGUUGUUUCGCCAGAAGCAUAGGACUGAGUGUAAAAACAACUGACAGGUGCCUAACAUAGGCGUCAUCUGGACAGCUGGGAGUGAAAUUAUCGACCAAUUUGUUUUUAAUCAGCGCUACCAACCCCCGAGGAGCGUGCCUGUCACGAGGGGGCGUGCCUUAUUAAUAUUAAUCAGCGAUGCGCCUAUGUGCCGUGUUCGCGCUUUUACUCGGAGAGGUGUGACGUCACGUGAGUGGCCCGUGUUCGUUCCAGCUGAGCGAAAAGCUCGGGCGGCUCAAGCUCAAAGCGUGCGGUAACACACAUGCAGAGAGAACUGAACAGAAGGGGGUGACCACAGGGGGAAAACGCGAUUGAGCGACUGAAUGGAAAAAAACGUCAACAUCCCACCAAUAGCGCUACGCAGCAGAAAUUGACUCAGCAACACUUACUUCGUUUUGUUUUCAUUUGUUAUUUUGGAGACGACGCAAGUUUCCAGCAUUCAAGAGUUGAGCGCGCAUUCACGUUAUUGGAUUUUUUAUUCUCCGAGAUUUUUCCUUUCAGCACUGUUUUCUACCGAAACCGCUGUGUCCGGUUAAUUUGUUGCGUUUUUUCCACGUCGGUCUUGGACAUCGCUAUUCUUGACAUUCGUCUGUUUGUAUUUAUAAAAGUUACAGCUGAAGAUCAUCUGUCAACAUUUUCUGGAAUUACUGGGAAUGUAUAUUUGCAUGCACUCUGACCAUCUACAAUCAAAUGCAACCAGAAUGCAUCUCAUCGUUUAAAACCUUAUUUUCAUAUAAAGAAUAGUAUUGAAUCACCCACACAUCUAGCGGUCAAGGGAGCUCAAUCCGGCUGACGUUGGAUGAUGGCCAGGCCGCUUUCACAGCUCCUUCCCCCGGACCUUCCCUCUGCCGGAGCCAGUCCACAGUUUGGCAACAGUAGCCAGGCAGGAGGCACACUUAACGGAGGACACUUAAACUCCGCUGCAAACUUAAAGUCGCUCCUACAGCUUCCAGUGAAGGGCGACCAGCGCGGCAAAGACUGUACAGAAAUGAAGGGUAAGGACAGGAUGGAUAUCGACGAAGACUCUCUCGGUCGUUGCCCUUUGCGCAACGGCUGCAGCAAUGGACUAGUCGCCGACAGCAACGGCGCAGGCACGGGCAGCUUCUCUAACAGCAACAACAGUUCCUUCCUGGGCCCGUUGCUAUGGGAACGAACAUUACCGUGUGAUGGCGGCCUGUUCCAGUUGCAGUACAUGGAUCUCGAGGAGUUUCUGACGGAGAACGGCAUGAGCAGCAUGCACAGUACCUCCAACUCCACCUCGGCUCAGAUACCCUCUCAAAGCCCCCAGUCCGCCAUCCCCAACCAGGGCUCCCAGUGCCUCCCCACCUCGCCCCCACACUGCUCCUCAUCCUCCUCGCCGACAGCCACCACCGCCUCUUCCUCGCCCUCUCUGCUCGGGCUGGACAUGCACACGCCGCAAAGCAUGCUGGGAACCGGAGACUGCUUGCACGGCACUCCGCCAGGCAGCUUGGAGCCAACACCCUCACCAUCUUCCACCACGUGUCCACCACUCCCUACUCCACCCAUCGCAAACUGCAAUGACAUGUUGGCGCCUUUCGACCCCGAUCCUGCGGAUGUUGCGUUAUCGAGUGUGCCUGGACAGGAGGCGUUUGACCCCCGCAGGCAUCGGUUCAGUGAGGAAGAGCUCAAACCUCAACCCAUGAUUAAAAAGGCCCGCAAAAUGCUGGUCCCCGAUGACCUAAAGGAUGAGAAGUAUUGGAGUCGCCGUUGUAAGAACAACGAAGCCGCGAAGCGUUCUCGCGACGCUCGUCGACUGAAGGAGAACCAGAUCUCGGUGCGCGCCGCCUUCCUGGAGCGCGAGAACGCGGCACUCAGACAGGAAGUAGCCGACAUGCGCAAAGAGCUCGGCCGGUGUCGUAACAUCCUGAACAAAUACGAGAGCCAUCACAUGGAUCAAUAAGGAGGCGAAAUGUUAUGAGAUGAUGGAUGGAGAACGCAAUGAAUGUUUUUAAGACGGACUAAAGUGCAUCAGAUAUAGCGUGAUGUAUGAAGACGGCACAAGAGCUCGAGUUUGAAACUGGAGUGAGAGAGCGUGUCACCUCUCUUCGUUUUUGUUUGUUUGUUCGUUCGUUUUUUUCAGUAGGUACCGUGGCAAGAUUUUAAUUAUGGAGAGAAUUGUAUAUUUUUAUAUAAUAGAAAUAUGCUUAAUGGGGAAAGGAAAAUUUUGAAAAUAAUUUUUGUAUAUUUUCUAUAUCUUUUGGAGAGCUGUAAAGUAGUGGUAGAGGGAAGCGGUUGAGGUAUCACUGUAACAUAAAAUCAGGUUCACGUGGUAUUUUUGAAGCGAAACUUUUGAUCUUGUGAAGGAUAUAAAUGAGAGGCCGAACUAAGCCUAGGACAUCAGAAACGUUUAGAAACUAUCUUUCUAGAGAAAUCAAACUGUAAAAUACUGAGAAAAAAAUUUCAAUUUGUAUAGAAAUGUUAAUAUAGAUUUAUUCAAGCACUUAAGUUGCGAUAAACCUGAAGGGCGACCGAGAAUAAGGGGAAUGAUGGGUGCGUCUCAAAACAUUGUUUAUCAGUCUACUGCUGAUAUUUAUUUGUCAUUCUCAUAGGAAAACUGAACAUGUAACGAGGGCGAGAAGAUGGUAAAGAAAGACAUGCAUUAAUUAUCACAUUUUAUCUGCAUUUUUUGUGUUAUUUCAUUUAAUGGUGAACUCAGUAGGAUUCUUUCUCUUCUUAAAGUUGGUAUCUCUUGUCUACAACGUACUCAUCUUUUUAUAGGAAUCUGACUCACAGUUGCAAACAGCGUACAUCCACAAUGUGCAGAUCUUAAGCGAACUUGCAGAGGCUGUUCUUGCUGUGCAAAAACACAAUUUGGACCUCUAUAAGGACACGACCCUCAUCGGAUUGUAUAGAAUGACGAUUUAUGGUAUUGGACGCACAGGAAAUUGCAUUUCAAAACAGGUUGACAUGUAGACGCAUGUCUGCGCUUUUGCACCUGUAUAUGCACUUACUUUUAUUGGAACAAUAUUGAAUUUUUACAACCGGUGUCAGUACGAAUCUACUCGUUUUGUGGUUUCCUUGUUAUUUCUCCAGUCAUGUCUGUUUCUUUCCUUAACGACCAUUAAAGUAACUUCGCUUAUUAUGAAUUAUUAUUGAUCUGAUCAUUAUUACUAUUGUUGUUGAUACUACAAAUUAUGUUUGUUGUUUUAUUUCCUUGAUAUUGUCUAUUUUAACGCAAGUCUCCUCUCAGCGGUGGAGAUUUUGUCACUUCCUGUUUGUUAUCGCGUUCAUCGUCGACAGCCAGGUCAAUUUGUGUAUCAGAAGAAUGCUGGGAAAACCCUUGGUGGUCACAAACUCUUGCUUCCCCCAAAAUCAAUGGAUUUUUAUUUCUCUUUCUUUCUGUACACUAGCAUUACAAAGACCCGUCAUACAUUUGCGCUGUCUUCUUCUUUUUUUGUGCAUGUAGGUGUUAAAGCUAACUGCCUUUUUUGCCCAGUAAUUUGCCUACUCAGUAACCAUAUACUUUUGCAGAUGGAUUUUGGGUAAUGUAGUCCUUACUUUUUCUGCACUUCCACAUGUGGAUGAACAUUUUGUGUUGUGACUCUUUUUUGUUUUGUUUUUUUGAUGUACAAAUGCCCUAAUGCAUCAGUGUUACCCACACUGCACCUAGCCAAAGUAAUGCAGGGGAAUGUAGUCUUUUUCUCCAAGACCACAAAUAAACUAUUGUUCUUACUCACUAAA